AUGUGGCCCAGUAACGAAACAGAAUACAUGCAAAGAGCACAGCGUUUGAAGCGCUUCGCAUUUCUCGGCGUCGUGGUCAGUACGGUCGCCGUGAUGACGACGGUCAUCGUCCUGCCGAUGGUGUACGCACAGGUACAACGACUUGAGUCACGUCUGGCCGAUGAAUCAUCGUAUUGCAAGUACGAGUCGAGGGAAAUGUGGCGAUUAGUGCUGCACAUCGACCGACAGCGUCGAGAAUGGCUGUUCGGACGAUACGUGGAUGCUUCAGACCAGUAUCCAGUAGCAGCAAUCGGCGGAUAUGGACCCCCGUCUACAUUGCAAAUCGCUUUAGGCUGUGUGUGCUACCAGAGUCCACCUGGCCCAAGUGGUGAGCCAGGUGAUCCAGGAGAAGAUGGCGAAAAAGGAAAGGACGGUGAUCCUGGCCCAGCUGGCAAAAGCGGCAAAAUUUUGCCGCCUCAGGAACAUCCGCCUGAACACUGUCAAAUUUGCAUUGCGGGCACUGCUGGGCCUCCGGGUGAUGAAGGUCCUAAGGGACCAAAGGGAAUGAAAGGACGUCGAGGUGCAGAUGGAAAGGAUGGCGCUAAAGGAAUGGCUGGCAUGGCUGGAGCUCCGGGAUCUCCUGGACCUGCAGGAGACUGCGGAGUGAAAGGCGUUACUGGAGAAACUGGGAAGAUUAUUAACGUUGUGGGUCCGGCCGGGCAAACGGGAGCCGUCGGAGAAACCGGACCAGUUGGCCCACAAGGACUGCCAGGAAAAGACGGACUUGACGGAAUCAAAGGAGAAACUGGCGAUCAAGGUGAACCUGGCGCUGCUGGCCCUGUCGGCCCGAUGGGCAUCGAAGGUGCGAAAGGAGUCACCGGCAGGUCCGGCAAUGUUGGCGACUGCGACCAUUGCGCGCCAGCACGCACAGAGCCCGGAUACUAA